CGCCGGUGCCUUCUGUUCCAGCAAUUCAUACAAAUAAAGCAUGGCUUUCAAGUCCGUGCUUCUGCUUGCCAUUGUUCUGGUUUCCCUCCGGCUGAUCACGCAGGAUGUAGCGGCCGCUACCGAUCGGUUCACUAACAAGGCCAAUGAAUCGGAUGGAAAGAAGGUGAAACUUACCAGUGGCGAUGGCACCAACGAAGAGAAGUUGGGACAUGGACAUGAGUACUAUGGUGGCUAUGGCUACGGAGGCGGAUACGGUGGUGGUGGCUAUGGGGGAGGGUACAGUGGUGGCUAUGGUGGCUAUACACCAGGACAUGGUUGGUAUGGUGGCGGAUACGGUCAUUACCAUGGACAUGGUGGGGGAUACGGUCAUUACCCUAGGCAUGGUGGUGGAUAUGGUCAUUACCCUGGUCAUGGUGGUGAAUAUAGUGGCAGAUAUGGAGGAUAUGGUGGCGGAGGGUAUCUUGGAGAGGGAUAUUACAGUAGCGGUGGUGGCUCCAGUGGCGGUUGGCACUGAAAUGAAAGGUUUCACCACCAUUGUGUGUUUUAUGAAAUAUGUGUUGUGUGUUUGUAUCUUGAUCCAUAAACCAUGCGUUCUUGUCUGCAUGCCCCGUAUCUCUUCCGUUAGAACGCUUUAAUAUGUGCCUUUUUAGUGUUGUUGUAAA